UUCAAGACAUCGAGGCGACACAAGGAAAAAAACACAGCUGGAUCCAAGUAUUCCUGCUAGCAGAUCCACUACCAGCCUCUUCCCUUCGGCCGCUUUGACUUCGACAAGCUGUGUCUGAGUCUGAUGAUGUGGUAUGAAGAUGGAGGCUCCUGAAUACCUGGACCUGGAUGAGAUCGACUUCUCAGAUGAUUCCGUGUAUUCAGUGACGUCUCUGAAGAGCAUCCCAGAGCUGUCCAGGAGGAGCGAUGGUCAAGUUGAGGAGAGACCAGCUCUGGCUAUCAACUGGAGUCGAAGCAUUUCCUCUCACAGUGGUGUGGGAAUCAAACCCACAGGGCUUGCUGAGGUCCACAGUAAGUUCCGGCCAGUGAAGAGAGUCUCGCCUCUCAAACACCAACCAGAGAACAACGACUCUGAAUCUGAUGGGAAGGUCCAGGGUGUUGGGCUAGGGGAGCUGGGGGAGGGCAGUAAAGAGGACCCCAGCUCAGAAAAGCCCAAUCACACCUCCUCCCCCUCUGAUGGAUCAGGAGGAAAGGCGAAAGGCCCCAGUAGCAUUGGCGUCGGUGUUGUUGGUGGGAACAACCCUCAGGCCCUGUUCGGGGAGCUGGAACACUACGACCUGGACAUGGACGAGAUCCUCGACGUACCUUAUAUUAAGUCCAGUCAGCAGAUGUCCACUCUGCCACGUGUCCCCCAUGACAAGCGCUCGGUGACAGGGAGUAACCUGGGUGGGGGCACCCUGGAGAGGAACCGGGGUGGAGGGCUGAAGAGUUCUACGUUAUCACACAAUGAAUCGCUGAACCUUGGAAGCAGCAGUGCACAGACCCCGUACUGUGUUCUGUCUCCAGUGAAGUGGUCAGACUUAAGGAAGUCCAAAUCGAUGGAUCCAGACCUCCACCAUCUCCACCGUUCCCAAACUGGAGGAGGUUAUCAGCCAGAGCCACUAUCCUCAGGUCUCCUCAGCUGCCCUUCCUCCCUCUCAUCAUUCUCUGAUGCAGACAAACUGCUGUCUGCUCGGGUCUACCCAGACUCCCAGACACAGAGACCCACUGUGGAGCCUGCAGGUGGCCCAGGGCUCAUGUACCCCCUACCAGGAUGCAGCAUGGGCAGACAGGAUGGAUCCAAGCCCUGGACUGCUGGACCAGGACCAGGAGCAGGAGCAGGAGCAGGAGCAGGAGGAGAGUUGGAUGAAGAGACAAAGAAAAACCAGAACAUUAUCAACAUUGUCAGAGAAGGACAGAUCUCCCUGCUGCCUCACCUGGCAGCAGACAACCUGGAGUUGAUCACAGACGAGGACGGGAACAACCUACUUCACAUCUCGGCAUCUCAGGGUCACGCUGACUGUCUGCAGCAUCUCACCUCUCUUAUGGGAGAAGACUGCCUCAAUGAACGCAACAAACAGCAGCUCACCCCUGCAGGCCUGGGCGUCAAGAACGGUCACCUGGAGUGUGUCAGGUGGAUGGUGAGUGAAACGGAGGCCAUCGCCGAGCUAAGCUGCACCAGAGAACAUCCCAGUCUGAUCCACUAUGCAGCUCGCUAUGGGCAGGAGAAGGUUUUGCUGUGGUUACUGCAGUUCAUGCAGGAACAGGCCAUUUCUUUGGAUGAGGUUGACCAGAAUGGCAACACUGCAGUCCACGUAGCAGCUCAGUAUGGACACCUCACCUGUAUACAGACGCUGGUGGAGUACGGCUCUAAUGUAACAGUCCAGAACCAAGCAGGGGAGCGGCCUUCCCAGAGUGCUGAACGGCAGGGUCACACGACCUGUGCUCGGUACUUGGUCGUUGUAGAAACGUGCAUGUCCCUGGCGUCACAGGUUGUUAAACUCACCAAGCAGCUGAAUGAACAGGCCACAGAGAGGAUGGCACUACAGAAACAACUGCAGAGACUGAUGGACCCCAACAAGGCAGAGGGGACACCAACCCGGUCACCUAGUUCCCAUCAGCCCUCCGUGGAGGCGUGGCCAGAGAUGAUGUUGACCGCAGAGGGGACUCCAGGGGAUGGUCAAUGGUUAGUUCGUCAGGGUGGGGUGAGUCAAGACUCCGUGCUACGGCAGCUAUUGGGGAAAGACAUGUCAGACACGCUGUGUCCCAAAGAGAGGUUGCCUCCAGCAGGCAGCCUGAGCAGAGACGGCUCCUGUGGUGCCGGGGCCCCUGGGGGCCGCAGGGCAGGGUUAAUGGAGAGGAGGGAGCUCAAAUUAGCAAGACUCAAACAGAUCAUGCAACGCUCUCUCAGUGAGUCAGAUUCAGAUGGUUAUCCGCCAGAAGAAGGUAAAAACCAAGGAGCCCCGCCCCCAAAUGCUCAACGCCCUGAUAGGCCCUCCCACCUGCCAAUCACGGAGGAUGAGUCUGCAUCAAACCACCUUAAUUUGAUGAUGAAAAAGCACCUUCCCACCUCCUCCUCCACAGUUGAGAGGAAGCAGGUGUUCUCUCUCAGUGGGUCAAAGUCAGUUGACAGCAUUGGUUGCAACCCAUCUCCCACCUCCAGUGACCCCGACGCUGCAGAGAGUAAAACGCCAGACUCUUCCAUCGACUCCCAGGACGGUGCCAAUGGUCUGAAAGUUGCCACCAGCCCCAAAAGUGCACUGAAGUCUCCAUCAUCUCGCAGGAAGACGUCCCAGAACCUUAAGCUGAGGGUCACUUUUGACGAGCAGGUCCACAAGAGCUCGAGUCAGGAGGCGGAACCAACCAAAGGGCAUCAUGGGAAGGAGAGGACUCCAACAGGAAGCUCUGAGAGCAAGCGUCCAUUUGGGACGUUCCGCUCGAUCAUGGAGACGCUGAGUGGAAACACUAAUCACAACAACAAUAACAACAACAGUGGAGGUCAGUCAGGCUCAGGGAUCAAACCCCCCACAUGUCAGAACUCACCAGGCAGGAAGUCGGAGAGUAAGAGCAGCACAGGUGGCGCUAGAGGCAAAAGCAAAACCAGUAAUGUUUAACUAUCAGGUGCCGACUGAAGGGCAGAGAACGCAGAGUGAACUGAGGCACAGAACGUGAGAAACUAUUCAAUCAAAUCAGUCAUUUCUACUGUGGGUUUAGAAUCAUACUUUCUCACGAUCCUGAGUUCACAAUACCAACACAAAUGUGAUGGUUGUAUUUGCAUCAAUUAUAGCAACUUUAAUUCAAAGUAACUUCUUUAUGACUUCAUUAACAAAACAUUAGUUUAAUUUCCAUAAACAGCAGGUCAUUUCCCCAUAUGAGAAACUACGGUGGCCUUCAGGUAGCAUCAAAUUUCAAAAAGCCUUCAGGUCACAACAGGUCUUCAUUUUGAGCUGAUAAUAAGUUAUUGAAAAUGCAAUAGUAAAUAUUAUUUUCCAUUUUGUUGUCACAUCCCUCUAAAUUCUUCACACUUGUCCUUUAACAUAGAGACACAGGAUUGAACUGACGAAUGAAUGUCUCUUAUUCUGUUAAUCUAAUGUUCGCAGUGUCAUAUGUUCUUUGCCUCAAACAUUGGACGUUUGUUUUAACAGUUGAUCUGAGAAAGGCUCUGUGAUGAACUGUCCUUAUCCUGUGAAAAUACUGAUAUGCUCUGAAGCUUUUCAGACUGGUCAUAGCUUCACCAUCUGUAGCAACAUAGUACAUUUGAUUUAUUAGUAUUUGGCAAAUUCACUGUUGCAUCGCAUUGUUCUAAUGUGAUAUUAACACAGUAAAGCAAUAAUCAAUAUCAAUCAAUAAACUCUUCAUAUUUAAUUUUUACUGUGAGUCCGAAUCAGAAUUGAUGUUAAUUUGACACUUCACUAUUACUUUCAUACUGGAGAAUUGAAGAAUGAUCACUUCAUCCCAUAUGAGGUGUAACAGAUGGUGUUCUCAAUGUUGAAUGACCAUCACCAACAUCACCAAGAGUCACACGCAUCCAGUUAUCAUGGAAAACUCUGGUGGUCACACACAGGGAUCAUGGGCCACAGGAAUAAGAAGGAAAAGACUGAAAGACAUGAAUCAAUGCAAAGAUGAUGAAAAGAACCCGUGUUCAACAUGACUGAGAUGAUAUCAGUACAAAUGCACCAAAUACCAUUUAUUAAACAUUUCCUUUUUUUGUUGGUGUUUUCACUUGUAAGGUUCUUAUUGAUGACAGAGUUUGAUCUUUGUUGUGGAGAUGAAAGGUUUGUGUUUCUCUGCCUCUCUGUGCAAGACAAAAGAUGAAUUAUUAGUAUUUAUGUUUAUGCACAUUUAUAUGAUUUGAAAUGUUUAAAAAUGUCACUAUAAUCAUGCACGUAGAUAACGUGCACCAGCACAACAACAAUUUUUUUUACUUUCAGUGUUUAUUUUCUGUGCAGUACUUUUGGCAUGAAGUAGACGUUAGUUGUGUGAUGUGUCUUUGAGACGGGGAGGUUCAACACCUUCUACAGCAGAUGAACUGAUUAUAAAAACAACUUUCAAGGAGAUGAAGAAGAACAGCGUAAAACACUUUUUUUUUACUUAACCGUGACUAAAUUGUCUUCAUCUUUUACGAGGUUUUGAACAUGAACAAAAGUGUGACACAGUGGACUGAGGCUCUGGUCUGUUUGGGGGGAAAAAGCAAAAAUAGCAACGCACAAACAUGUCGCAGGAUGAUCAGUUACCAUCAACUGUUCCAUUCCCCAUGGAGAGCACAGACACUGAAGCCUCUCUAGCACCCCAAGAGGCUUCAGUGUUUAUUACACCUCACAGUACACCAAAUUUGAGCUUUAGAGAACAAACAUGAUGAAUAUCCAGUAUGUGUGUUUUUUUUACUACAUGUAAUAUGAUGGAAAUGAGACGCAAAACUUCUGCAUAUUUUAUGAAAAAAGGCCCUUUGCAUGUUAUGUGAUCUAGAGAUGGAACAAUGAAAACUGUAAUGUUCAGUUCUUUCCAGGUUAUUCCAGAUUAUCGUUUCUUCACAAUUCUUGGUCUAAAAAUGAUAUAACCCCUAACUCAUUUUGUUUCUGACCCCAGUUAACGGUAAAGUGAUUUCAGUGUUUUAAUAAUUUUUUUAGUAAAAUAAUGAUAACAUGACAUUUAUACUUGUCCCAUGAAGCUGCCGUAAACAAAACAGUUUUUUUCCAUUAUUUCUGUUAACUCACACAUUUUGCACUAUUCGCUUUAGUUAAAAUAUUUGAACUUGAGUGAAAAAUGAAUGUGUCAUGAUGCUGCAGAAGCCAAUGAGUGUUGAGAUAAGGACACUUUAUGUAGCAGUACAGUAACAACAUCAUAAUAUGGUAAUUACCAUACUAUUACUGUAAUGACAUUUGUUUUGUUUGGGGGAGAAUGGGCCAGUAUUUGCACAUAAUACGAUCCUGUAGGCAAACGUUCGCCCGUAAUGCAAUGCAAAUAUUCCCUUUGUCGUGAACCCACAAUUCAUCUUUAAUUUGACUGUCAUAUAGAGGUUUAUGAGAUGAUUUAUUUAUAGCCCCCCUCUCACACCUGUGACGUUAAACCAACAUUCAAACAAUAUAAAUUGUCAGUGCACAUGUCCAUGUUUGAGUGUGAGUGAAACACAGAUCACGGCCUCUGCUCUGAGGUGAUAACAUUUCGGACACACGUUCAUGUGAACGCAGCAACUUAAAAGGAUACUUUUGUCCGUCAGGAUUCAUGUUUAUCUGUUUACUAGAUACAUUGUGAUGAAUGAUGAAGAUGAUUCCUGUCACCUUGAGUGAAUGUUUGGUUUAAUUCAAACAAAUGUAUUUUCUUGAACACAGUUGUCUUGUCUUUUUUUAUAUAUCAUUUAUUUGUGUUGAUGACAUUCUUAUAAGAAAAUACUGUUUAUUUUACUGGAGGUGAGAGAAGGAUGAGGAUGAACGAGCUUGACAUCAGAUCUUUACUAAAUACACGGAAAGAACAUGUGGUUAUUGUUGGAAAAGACACUUUAAACCAGAGGGGUUUUUAUGUUUUUUUAGUGAACAUGUACAGAGAGAGACAGACAGCUGCUUUUCACUCCUGUAAUUUAAACUGUUGUGAAAACUGAAAACAAACUGAAAUAAACGGAUUUCUGGACUUUU